AAAAAAGUUUCACUGCAAGUUUGGACCCAGCCCGAUCGACCCAGUGCGCUGCUUUGAACGCUGGUCCCGAGACGCACCCAAGCACUUCGCACAGCCGACAGCUAUGGUUUCUCAAACAAGCACAGCUGCGUUGCUUCUGGCGCUUGCACUUGUGGCAUCCAUCUUGCUGCUAGGAGCCGAAGCCCGUUACCUGCCUACACGAAGUGACGACUCCCAAAAGGACCACAUCAGGGACGUCCUCAGGGGUAUAAUUGAGAAGGCAGACCUCGAGAAGUCUUCCGGCGGAUACCUCGGUGACGGCUACCCAAGGGGAGCUCUGCCCGUGGACGUCGGCGCAUACGGAUACAUGCCUCGGGGUCUGGGUGGAUUCGGCUCCGGCGCUCUCCUGCCCAGGGGACUCGGCGCGUGAUCCCACCCAACCACCCUUGCUGCCCCAGUUUCGAAUUUGUACCCCAGCGCAUCUACCAACCCCCCAACUUCUCUAUCUCUCACUAUCGGUUCCUACGCAGCCAAUCAUCGUUCACCUUUGCGCCUGUAUAAAACGCAGCCUGUUCCAAAAACGACCGGCCAGCCAGAUGAAAGCGUAGAGGUGUAAUAAAAAGGGAGCCUCUAGAGAACCUGAUUUCGAGAUGGAAGCUCUCCCGCCGCACAAGGGUCCUGGCCAGCUGACAUGUGUAAAAAAAAAAAAGUUAGUCUUAGAGAUAUCAGAAAGUACGUCAGUGACUCCAAUCAGCGUCGUCUGCUGUGACUUUGCAAGACAACUCACCAGUACACUUGACGCCUAAUUCGGGCACUGAAUGUACCUCUCGACAUCUUUAGAUUAGUACAUAUUUUUCCAGAGGGUAUGUGAACCUGCAAGAUAGCCGGCUGUAAAACUACUAUGUUGCUAUAAACCGGACGCGGUUUUGUCGACUCGCUUGAAAAGCUCUAGUCAAAUAAAGUAUGGUUUAUGAUAGCGUU